AUGUUAUCACGUUUUGAUUUUUAUCUUCUUUCUAAAAUUCUCAAUGAAUGGGAGAAUAGUGUAACUAUUCAAUCUUGUUUUUCUAUUUGGCAAAAGUCUGUAUCUAAAAAUGUGAAUUGUAAUACUUCUUCCUGUUCUUCUUCAUUACAUAUUUUAUCUUUCAAUGUGCGUGGUCUUGAAUUAAGAUGGCAAGAAGUUCUUCUUCUUUUAUCUUCUUUGAAAUUGGAUGUUCUUAUUCUUUUGGAAACUGGUCCUCUUGAUUCGUCUUUUUUUGACAAAAUUUGUCAUGACUUUCAUAUCUUUGCUCAAAAAGGUGAAAAUAAGAAUGGAGGCGUUCUUAUGUUAGUAAAGAAUUUUAUAAAAGUUUCGCGAAUUGAAUGUAAACUACCUAAUGUUUGUGUCGUAGAUGUGAAAGGUGUAGAAGUUGUACGUUUAUUAGGUGUAUAUGCACCGACGAGUAAAUCUUGGAAUUGGCAAGAUUUGUCUCCUUAUGUGACUAAGAAAUGUAUAAUUUAUGGUGAUUUUAAUGUUGAUUUUUGUCAAGAUAUUCAAAAAGCAGAAUCUCUUUUAUCUUGGGCUGAUGAACAUUUUCUUGCUCCUUUUCUUACUGGUAUGCCAACUUCUCUACGUUCUGAUAGAGAAGUUGACUAUGCUUUUGCAAGUAAAGCUAAUAAAGAUCCCGUAUUGAUGUGUGAAGUAGCAGCUGAUUAUUACGAAAAAUUUUUUCGCAAAUCUGAAAUCAUUAGACCUCAUCCGUAUACUGAUUCUCCUUUUUUACAUCAUGAAAAUGUGGAUGAAUUAAUUCCGGAGAAUACAAUUCUUCCAGAUGCUUGGAAAGAAACUAGAAUGAUUUUAAUUGCUAAAAAAGAAUCUAUAUGUUCUCCUGCUUUAACACGUCCAAUUUCACUAAUUGAUUCUUUUCUUAAGAUUGGUGAGAGAUUAUUUCUCAAUAGAUUUCGUGAUGUUCUCUUACGUAGAGGUUUACUUCCAGAUAAUCAAUCUGGUUUUCGUGAUGGUUUUCGUCUUCAAACUAGAUUAUUAUUAUUUCUUGAGGAUGUGUACAGUUUAAUGUCUAAUAGUGCACCCGUUUGUACUAUCUUUAUAGAUUUUCGUUCCGCUUUUGAUCAGUUGUGGCAUAGUGGUUGUAUCGGGAAACUUUUUAGGCUCGGUAUACCUCGUUCUUAUAUUUUAUGGAUUGACGCUUGGCUUCGACGUCGGAGAUGUUAUAUUGAAAUUAAGGGUCAUAAAUCUCGUUAUUUUAAUAUUGAGAAGGGUGGACCUCAAGGAAGCGUGUUAACUCCCACAUUGUUCAUUUCUUAUCAUUGUGACAUGGGUCAAUUUCUUUCGAGUUGUACAAGUCAUUUUUUUGCAGAUGAUGUUGCCGCUAUACUUGCAGGUCAAAUGGGGGUUCGUUUUACUGAUCAAUGUCUUGAUCUAGAAAAACGUGUUAAAUCGUUUUUAGAUCGACUUGAAUUUUACUCAUGUUUAUCUGAUCAACCGUUAAAUCGUUCAAAAACUGAUGCUCUAUUUAGUGCUCGUGCGAUAGGUUUGCCCAAAUUUACUAUUUCAUUUGAUAGUGAUGGAGGUGAUCAGAUUAAAUGGAAAAAAGAAUAUAAGUAUCUAGGAUAUAUUAUAUCCUCUAAACUUGGUUGGGGAAAAUUAAUUAAAGAUGUAGAAUGUAAAGUCAGAAAGAGGAUAUCUCUUAUAAGAUCGUUUAAACUUUUUGGUUGUUCUUCACCUAGUGUUCGUAAAGUAUUAUUUUAUUCUCAUGUUCUACCUAUAUUUACAUGGAUCUAUCCUGUUUAUCCUCUUUUGACUCGUAAACAACAGGAAAGUAUGUGUACACGUGUAUUUUGUACAUUUGCAUUUUUACAAGCUAUUGCUACAAAAUCAUUUAUAUGUUAUACAAUGCAUGCAACUGUGAUGAAAAAUAUCUGUGAAAGAAUUAUUCGAUAUUGUCACAGAGGACUUAUUUUUCUCGAAUCUCACAGUUUCGACGAUACUUUCUAUGGUGAUAUAAUGAAUAACGAUGAUCUUGAAGAGAAUACAGUAGAACGAAAGAAAUAA